AUGAUACUAGCUCAUCACACCGUAGCCGGCAACGUCACCGACGCCGCGGCCCCGCCAUCCUCGGCAGCAGCGGCCCAGCUCCGCGUCCUGGUCACCGUCAGGGCCGAAUCCCCCGUCGACAGAAACUUCUACCAGGAGUAUGAGACGAGCCCGGGCUUUGACGUCACCGACGACCUGUGUAGCCGCCUGGUCGGCCGCAUCCACCACUGCGCCAGGGAGCUCAUCACCAGGUCCGACUCCAAGGCCACCGAGCCGCUCCGCUAUACCGCCCCGCACACCAAGCUCGCCAGGUACCGCCUCAUGUUCCGCAUCGACCGCAGAGGCGCGCCCUGGAGGGAGAUGCACUUCACCUCGUUCCAGGAGAAGACCAUGACGCUCCAGGCCGCUCACGAGGUCGUCCUCGAGACCGACCGCAUCGUCGGACUCUUCCUCCAGAGCCAUGACGCCGCCUUCCACUGGGCCCUGCCCUGCUUUGUUCAGCAGGAUCCUCUCGGCCACAAGAAGACGGCCCCGAGGAUCGGUGCCCAGCAGGACGCCCACUGCAUCCCCAGCUACGUCGACACCCCGGGCUACUCCAUCCACCUCAGCCUCCACACCCAGGGCCCGGGCUGCCCGGGCCACGACUGGUCUGUCAGGGUCGACAGCAGGCAGGGCACGCCCCUGACGCUGGACCGUGCGGAGGACCUCAUGUCCGAGGUCGGCGAGAUCAUGUACGAGGCCGUCAGGGCGAGGGAGGACGACUUUGCCGACAUGCACGAGAAGUGCGACGCUCUCGAGGGAACCCAUGGCUGCCGCCACGUCCAGCAGGGAGCCUUUGACCUCGAGGCCGCCGUGCGCAACAACUACGGCCCCGACUUUUCGCACCUGUCAACGCGGCACCGGACUUUCCGCCUGCUGAUUAACCACAGCCAUGCCGACGCCCUCGUUCGCAUCCUGCAGCAGGAGCUCGAGACGGCCCGUCACCGUUGCGACGCCGCCAUCAACAGUUCCGACGAGCUGGUCUUGAAGGUGCACGAGAUGCGCACCGAGGACUGGAAGCUUCGCCGGCCCCUUACAGUCACCCUGGGCCCCUCCAACCUCCACUCCCGCAAGACGGUCGAGCGUAUCCUCGAGCGUGUCGUGACCGGCACGACCGACGUUCUCAGCGGCCAUGGUAUCGCUGCUGUCGUGACGAUCCACAAGCGGGGACACCUCAUCCUGGACAGGACUAUCUGCAGCGGGGAAGACUCGGGACCGAGCGACCCGACUCUCUCCGACUCGGUCGACCGCAAGGUCCAAGCGCUCCGCUGCCGUCUGGGACAGCGUAUCCGGGACGACCUCACCAUGGUGCUCAAAGACACCAUCUCCUUGAGGACGCCGCUGCCGCUCCCGGAUAUCAACGUCGUCACCCCCAGUGACUGGGCCGCCAAUGACGACGGCCUUGACCGGGGCAACAAUUAUCUGCACAGAAUACUCUCCAAGGGUGACUCUUCCUCUUGCAUCUCGACUCCCAGCCUGGCAGAUACCGGUAGCAUCCAUCACCAUGAGGGAGUGGCGACGCCAGAUUCGGCCCUACGUCUGCCGCGGAACUACGAUGGCAUCGGCGUCGACGUCGACGGCGCCGAUCCCGAGGACUUUCAUCAGAGCCAAGACCACGUUGAGAGCGCGAGCAUCGGGACGGUGAUUCGCCACGCGGAGCCGUCGCUGAGAGCUGAGGUCGUGCUUCUCCCCGACCAGUGGAGCCGGGCACCUUCUAGCGAGCAUCUGCGCGGCGGGAAAGACCCUCGUCUCGCCUCUGAGGGGUCUAGCUUCACUUUCCAGAGCACUGAGACCACCAGGGCCCCCAGCGACAGCAUCCAUCCCCGCUCGGCCCUCGCAGGGCCUCUGCGAGAGCCCCAGAGGCAAGCAUACGGCGAUUCCCGGAUUCUCCUUCUCGGCGGAUCGGCUCAGAGGAAUGGCGCGCUGCAAGGUUUCGUCCCGCGCCGUGCCUGUACCUCGGCAGAAGCAGCACCCACCCAGAGCUUCGUCAAUGCGAGCGCAGUCUUCGACCAACGACCAAGAACCUCCCCGGCUGGCAGCUCCCCUCGCCCCCGUGGGCCGUCGGGAGACGGCAACGGCCUCCAUUCGAGGGAGAUCCUGCAGAACCAGCUCAAAAGAAAGAAGAGCAAUUCUAUUGCGGGGAGCCGUAUCCACGACGCGCCAGCCGUCGCCCGUUCAGCUACAGGCCGAAGAUAUACACUCCCAGCAACAGCCAUGGCUUUCACCGGCUCAUUCGGGCAUUCCCGAUGGGCACUGGAUUCCCGCUGA